AGACAUGGCUCCCCUGGGUUGUCAGGCAGGGAAACUGAGGCAGGGGACCUGAGCACACAUGCUGCAUUCAGCUUCAAGCUGGUGCUGCUUCUCCCUCGGAGGACAGGCCCUGAAGCCCUGCCACCUCUGGAGACCUGGGAGGGUCUGGUGUGAACCAGGGGUCCUGUAGCAGGGAGGGGCAAGUGGGGUACUGUGGGCAGGAAGCGGAAACACGGGCCACCCUUCGCUGCAGGCGAGCACUGAGCUCACUUCUCGCUCGACACAGCCAGAGCUGGAGGUGGGUGCCUGGCGCGGAGGGGCCUGUGGACCAAUGGUGAGCCUCGGAGCCCCCGGGUUCUUGGGAUGGGGGCCACAGGAGGUCAGGGAUGGAAUGUCUGGGUACCAGGAGCUGAGAAGGGCCCCACACUGGCCCUGGGUAAGAGGUGAAACCUAAAAAGAGUGUGGCAGAGGCUAAGCCUUUCUCUCACUUAAGCUGGGCUCCCUGGGACUCCAGGUAUGGCCCCCCAGCACCCCACACUGGUCCAGACCCCCCUCAGCAACCCUGGGAAGGCCCUCACCUGGUCUGGUGAGCAGGAACUUGCAUUCCAGGAGCCUGGGCAGACAGCCUGGGGUGGUGGGGGGCGGCUGGCUGUACCUCAGCACUCCUCCCCCAACACCCCCCAUCUAGCCUGUUCCGACCGCAGACUUCCUCUGGCAGCUGCACCAGCCCCCGGCCCUUCUCGCCUGGGGCCCCCAGGGACUGGGAGUGGAACGGAAACCCUGCAGCUGGGGCAGCCCUGUGGUGGGAGGGAGGAAGAGGGGCCUCACAGACCCCUGGCUGGGGACCUGGCCAAGCAGAGGAUGAGCAGUUGCCUCCAGGCUCUGCCCUGGGCCCUAGGGCUCGGGAUGCUGCUGGCCCUCCCAGGGGCCUUGGGCUCUGGUGGCGCUGAGGACAGCGUGGGCUCCAGCUCUGUCACCAUUGUUCUGCUGCUGCUGCUGCUCCUGCUGCUGGCCACUGGCCUGGCACUGGCCUGGCGCCGCCUCAGCCGUGACUCAGGGGGCUAUUACCACCCAGCCCGCCUGGGUGCUGCGCUGUGGGGCCGCACACAGCGCCUGCUCUGGGCCAGCCCCCCGGGCCGCUGGCUGCAGGCCCGAGCUGAGCUGGGGUCCCCAGACCUUGAGCGGCAGGAGGAUGAACAAGAUGCAGACUAUGACAGCGUUGCGGAUGGUGGCCUGCAGGCUGACCCCGGGGAAGGCAAGCAGCGGUGUGGAGAGGCGCCCAGCCCGGAGCAGGUCCCUGUGCAGGCUGAGGAAGCCAGAGACAGUGAUGCAGAGGGAGACCUGGUCCUCAGCUCCCCAGGGCCGGCGAGCGCAGGGGGCAGUGCUGAGGCCCUGUUGAGUGACCUGCACGCCUUUGCUGGCAGCGCAGCCUGGGAUGACAGUGCUAGGGCAGCUGGGGCCCAGGGCCUCCAUGUCACAGCACUGUAGACGCCGGUCUUGGUGUCCCAUCCCUGUCACAGCUGCUCAACCCCUGUGCCUCUGCUUCCCAAGAUGCCAUGGCUGGACUGGACCCCCACCCCACAUGGCCACACCUCAGACUGCCACCUCAAUCACUUUCCAAGUCCAUGUGUCCCCCUACUCACCACAGGAAGGCCUCCACCCCCAAUCCCAGAGACAUCAGGCAACUAUUUGAAAUAAAAGCACUCCAGCCUGUGA